AUGCUCUUCAAGCUCUCCUCCGUUCUCGUGAUCGCGACCUCGUCGCUGGCAAUCGGUGCGGCUGCAUCUCCUGCCAACCUCUCUAAGCGGCAGGAUGCUCUCUGUGCUAGCGACACAACGGCCCAGUGCUGCUCCAGCGCUGUCUCAUCGGAUGACGAUAUCAUCGCCACCAUCCUCGGCCUGCUCGAAAUUGUCACAAGCACCGUGAUUCCUAUUGGGCUCAGCUGCACUCCGGUCGUCGAUGAAAUCGACUGCGCCGCGGACCUUCUGUGCUGCAGCAGUACAGCAGAUGGCGGUGGUCUGCUCGGCGGGCUCGGCUUGCUCGACCCCAUCACUGACACGCUUGGUAUCGAUUGCCUCCCCCUCGUCGGCUCCCUCCCGGUGGUGGGGGGCCUUUGA